ACCUGUUAUAGCAUUGAGGGACCUGCCAAACCCGCAGUGAAUGUGCCAUGUAGCCUGCUGGCUGACUACCAGUGCAUCCAUCAGACAUCACUCAUGCACUGAACAUUUACGUGAACACUAACUGAUGUAGUUGUUUAAACAAAGCAUGUUCUUUUGAAGUAGGAUUUGUGUUGUAGGUUUUGGAUCAUUUUGAGCAGUGGAUAUAUCUGACAUAUAGGAUGAACAGUUGCUGCCCAGGGAAGAUGGUUGGAUGAUAUACAGAUGAUUUAGAAUGAAUGAGUGACUGGACUGAGAGAAAACUUUGAUGAUGGAAAAGCAUGAGGUUUAAUGGAUAGUAUAAAAAAUGUUAUGACUGGGAAUACUUUGUAUAAUUUGUAUCUGUUCAAAAUCCUGGACAAAGAUCAAUCCAUGUAAGACUAAAUUCACUGGUGUUAAACUCCAUAUAUUAUUCUAAAAGGACCUUAUUUUUAUACAUUUAAGGGUUUCCUAAGUCUAUUAUAAAGCUGAGUGAAAAAACGAUUAAAAAAUGGUGCUGUCAGAUUCCAGUAAUGGUGACAUCGGUUGGAAAAAAUGGCUCAUUGCUGGAUGGGCGUUUAUGGAAUGUCUUUUCUUUGGAGGUUUGCUGUAUGGAUGGGGAUCUAUUGUGUUUGUACUGAAAGAUGAGGGAAUAUAUGCAGACCUUUGCCCACGUACUGGGAACACUUCUGGAUCGGGCAACAUAACACAUGACGUGACGUUUGUACCGGUUAAGUCACAGAAUGAGACUGGAAAUAACACAGGGUAUAUAGUGAACAGUACUGAUGCCACUCUGUCGCCAGGUAGUGGCGCUCCUGCUGGGGGGAAGGAUGUGAUAUGCAAGCCCCAGGAUAGUAACUAUGCUCUCUGUUUUACCAUUGGCUCUGCACUGUUUUGUUUGGGAUGUGCUGUUCUUGGUCACGUCAACUACAAGUAUGGAACUCGUGUCACUAGAAUCUUAUCUUUUUUGACAUUUGUAGCUGGCACAUUGAUGAUGGCUUUUAUCAGUAAAGAGCACCCUUGGCUGAUGUUCCCAGGGCUGUCAUUGAUGGGGAUCGGAGGGCUUCCAAUUCUCGUCACAAACACACAGGUCUCUAACCUGUUCUCAACAGGCAGUUCCACAUUUGUGGGCUUGCUAUGUGGUGGAUUUGACAUGUCAUCUGCCGUCAUGCUCAUGGUCAAGUUGGCCUAUGAGGGUGGUUUCUCACGACAGUACAUGUUCCUGUUGAUCUGUGGGGCCCACCUGCUGGUUCUGGUCAGUACGUUCUUCUUCCUGCCCCGGGAAUUUAUACCCAGGCCAAAGGUCAAGGUCAUAGAGAGAGAGGUGGCAGAGAAUGAGGAGGUUGGGAUCAAACUGAUCGAUAAGUCUGCCAAUGUAGAAGUCAACCCUCCGAGGGCAACCCGUCCGAGUCUACGGUCAUGCAUGUUGAAGCCAAUGUUCGUGAGUCACGUUUUGUGGCUGUCCAUACUUCAGGUCAGGUUCUACUACUUCGUAGGCAGCAUCAACCAGUACCUCAACAGGCUCUUCGAUGAGGACAAAGAUGAAGUGAGUAAAUUCACCAACAUGUGUUUCACCAUCAUGAUGGGUGGUCUCAUCACCUCGCCGAUGGCAGGUAUUGUGUAUGAUCUCGUCAAGAAACUCUGCAAAGAUGGGAAGUCUCAGCCCUACCGUGAGGUGUUACCAGCGGCCCUGCCCCUGGCCGUGGGGAGUCUGCUGGCAGUUCUCCUGUCAGUCCUAGUCCUCAUCCCAUCCACAGGACUGCUUUACCUCAUCUUUGUCGUGAUGACCCUGUUCAGAUCAUUCCUCUAUAGUAUGGCUGCUGCUUUCCUCAGUGCUGUGUUUCCAAGUGAGUAUUUCGGCAUGCUGUAUGGUGUGAUGAUUGUGUGUGGGGGUGUGGUGGGCUUUCUACAGUUUGCCUUCUUCAAGUGGUCUGAGAUGUACGCAGAGGGCCCACUGCAUGCCAACAUAUUCCAGCUGGUGCUAGUUACUAUCUCAUUCAUUCACCCCCUGUUUCUGUGGAUCACGUGCUCCAGGGAAGAAAAGAAAUUCAAGGUCAAUUGAGGCCAACACUAAAUGUCAGAGGUCAAGGUCACAGAGGUCAGCUGAGGCUUACAGAUUGUGAAAAGAUUGUACACGAGUAUCCACAAACUUGAGAAAUUGGUGCCAAGAAUGUUACCUGUUGUAUUUAAGAAUUAUACAAUUUGUUUGGAAAAAUAUAUAUUAUUGAUAUUUAGAUCAUGGCAGUUUUUAUAAAUACCUUUCCUUUGAGGAAGCAAAACUGUAAUGGUAAAUCUAUAGUGUUUUUAGGGAGAUUGGAUGAUCCUGUUCUUAUGGUUGAAUCACUGAGGAUUCUUUAAAUUUCGUACAUGUUUUAUAUAAGUGAAUUAAGUAUAAGGUAAGUAUUAUAUUUAUUAACUUUUGUCUGGCUUUUGCAAAAUUAAAGCCAUCAACAAAAGAUGAAGCAGAAAGUUAAUCUACUCGUACUGGACAAAUAACAGAACAACUGUUAUUCCUGUACAUCUGGAAGACUGAUAAACACUCUCUCUGAUGUAGGAUCUCACUGAUUCUGAUCAUGCAGUCAUUUUACUGGCAUUACAGUUUAUUCUGUGUAUCACAUUAACAUAAUUUAAGGAUUUUCCCCCAUUAACAGUAAUAUAGUGAGGAUAAGUUCAGUUAUUUCAAACUUGAAACAUUAAGUCCUUCUUGCAAUAGAUAUUCACUAAAUUUAAAGUGAUGGAAAGACACAGUAGGUGGUAAAAUGCAUAUUUUUUCCAUAGAUUUACACUGGACAAUCAUAGAAGCUUUAAUUAGUGUUGACCUAGUCAUAAAGAGCUAUAAAUAUAUAACACUAUGUAGUUUUAAGACUGAUCUGGCAAGUGCAUGCAACAGCAGUGUUUCAGUAUAUAUUUCAUACUAUUGGUUUGUAAUUAACUGCUUUAGUUAAUGACUCAAGUUGCAUCUUGACUUUUUCUUGUUUUGAGUAUAUUUGUAAUUUCCUUGUUUAUAACUCAUUGUUCAAGGAUAUCUCACUGUAAACAUUGAGAUCUGACAUGAGACUUUCAUGACAUUGAUAAAUCUGUUUUCUUUUCACGGACUUAGUUUUGCAUUGCUAUUACUUAGAUUGGACGAAUGGAGUCCUUAAACUUUAACUUAAUAAAUUCAUCUUAUAAUUCCCUUUGAUUAUAGUACAUGGUACAACUGUUAUAGUAUUGUUUUAUAUUGUGUUUGUUUGUUAGUUCUGUUUACAUGCACCCUAUAGAAUAAUUACAAAAAAGAAAGAUUUUAUUAAGAUUAUUUAUCAUCGUUUCUUGUUUAUUGAUGAAAUGAUAGAGAGAAAGAAAUCUCAUGUAACUGACGUGCAUUUCAAGGCUUUAACCUAGCCUGCAAAUCUCUAUCAUGAAAAUGUAUCUGAGAAAAAAAGUCUGAGCCACAGGCCCGAGGUGUAAGUGAUAACUGACCAGUCCGUGUUACUGGCCUCUGUAUGUGCCUUCUGGUCAAGUACCACUGCCCUUACCGUACAGAGGUAGGAAUUUAACAGAAGCUAUUUAGUUUAUUUUAGUGAUAUGUUCUCAUUUUUAGCUCGACUAUUCGAAGAAAAAGGAGAGCUUUCCUACUCACCCAAGCGUCAGCGUCGGCGUCGCCCCUUGGUUAAGGUUUUGCGUGCAAGCACCAUCCAACCUACUUAAUUAACCAAGUUUGAUAACUCUACUUUGCAUUUAAUGCCAAUAAUAGGCCUUUAUUAUUUGACUUAGAUAUUCUGGUUAAGGUUUUGCGUGCAAGCACACAUAGGUUAAUAUCUCAGCAACUGCUUGAGGUAUUGCAUCAAGACUUUAUACAAUGGUACUCAACCAUCCAACCUACUUAAUUAACCAAGUUUGAUAACUCUACUUUGCAUUUAAUGCCAAUAAUAGGCCUUUAUUUUUUGACUUAGAAAUUCUGGUUAAGGUUUUGCGUGCAAGCACACAUAGGUUAAUAUCUCCACAACUGCUUGAGGUAUUGCAUUGAGACUUUAUACAAUGGUACUCAACCAUCCAACCUACUCAAUUAACCAAGUUAAUAACUCUACUUUGCAUUUAAUGCCAAUAAUAGGCCUUUAUUAUUUGACUUAGAAAUUCUGGUUAAGGUUUUGCGUGCAAGCACACAUAGGUUAAUAUCUCAGCAACUACUUGAGGUAUUGCAUUUAGACAUGAUACAAUGAUACUCAACCAUCCAACCUACUUAAUUAACCAUGUUAGAUAACUCUAGUUUGCAUUUAAUGCCAAUAAUAGGCCUUUAUUAUUUGACUUAGAAAUUCUGGUUAAGGUUUUGUGUGCAAGCACACAUAGGUUAAUAUCUCAGCAACUGCUUGAGGUAUUGCAUUGAGACUUGAUACAAUGGUACUCAGCCAUCCAACCUACUUAAUUUACCAAGUUUGAUGACUCUAGUUUGCAUUUAAUGCAAAUAAUUGCCCUUUAUUAUUCGACUCAGAAAUUCUGGUUAAGGUUUUGCAUGUAGGCACUCAUCGGUUAAUAUCUCGGCAACUACUGGAUGAAUUGCAUUGAGACUUUAUAAAAUGGUACUCAACCAUCCAAUCUACUUAAAUAACCAAGUAAGAUAGCUCUAGUGUGCAUUAAAUUCAAAUAAUGGCCCCUUUUUUAUUCAACAUAGAAAUUUUGGUUAAGGUUUUGCUUGUAACCACUUUUAAGUCAAUGCUUCAGCAAAUACAUCAUGUAUUGCAUUGAAACUUUACACACAGGCUCCCAACCAUUGAACCUUCUUAUUUAAUCAAGUAAGAUAACUCUAUCUUUCAUAUUAUAUAUUUUUUGCCCCUUUAUUAUGUGACAUAUAAUUUUUGCUCCUUUAUUAUGUGACUUAGAAAUUCUGGUUAAGGUCUUGCAUGUUAGCACACAUAGGAUAAUAUCUCAGCAACUACUUGAUGUAUUGCAUUGAGACUUUAUACAAUGGUAUUCAACCACCCAACCUAAUUGAAUAAUCAAGUUAGAUAACUGUGUUUUGCAAAUAAUGGCCCUUUAUUAUUACACUUAAAAAUUCUGGUUAAAAUUUUGCAUGUAACCACAUUUAUGUUAAUAUCUCCGCACAUUAAGUAUUGCAUUGAAAUCUAAUCUAACAGUGAUCCAUGCAUGUUUCGCCAAACAUUUUCAAUCCUUACACUGAAAAGCGGCGGAAUAGUCGAGCGCACUGUCUCUGUGACAGCUCUUGUUAUUUUAAAAAUUAUUAUUGAAAUUAUGUUUUUAUUUGUCUCAAAUACAUACAAUACUUUUA